CGUUCGACAAGGCAUCGGUAGUUUCACGCAAGUUACUCUUACGGAUUGACCAUGGCUGCGAUACUUGGAAGGGUCUUUGUUUACGGUGGCAAAGGAGCUUUAGGUUCGGUUUGUGUUAGUACUUUCAAGACUAAAAACUGGUGGGUUGGUUCAAUUGAUAUGAAACCAAAUGGAGCUGCAGAUGCAAAUGUUAUUGUAAACGUUGAACAAAAUUGGAUAGACCAGGAAAAUAGUAUAUUGAACCAAAUACAAGAAAUUCUUGGAGAGAACAAGCUUGAUGGAGUUAUUUGUGUUGCUGGUGGAUGGGCAGGUGGAAAUGCUGCUAACAAAGAUUUUAUUAAAAACAGCGAUAUGAUGUGGAAGCAGAGUGUUUGGAGUUCAGUCAUUGCUGCUAAAAUUGCUUCUCAGUAUUUGAAGGAAGAUGGAUUCCUUUCUUUAACUGGUGCUAAGCCUGCUUUGGAAGGAACUCCAGGAAUGAUUGGCUAUGGAAUGGCCAAAGCUGCAGUGCAUCAGCUGACUAAAUCAUUGGCAGCUGAUGGUGGUGGUCUGCCAUCUCAAUCACUUGUUGCCACAAUUUUGCCAGUUACAUUGGACACACCAAUGAAUCGUAAAUGGAUGCCGAAAGCCGAUACUUCUACUUGGACUCCUCUCGAAUUUGUUGCAGAAAUAUUCUGGAAGUGGUCUCAAAACCAAGAAAGACCAGCCAAUGGUAGCUUGCUCCAAUUGAUUACAAAGUAUAACAAAACCGAAAUAAUUUCAGUAUAAGAUGCUACACAUUAACCAUAGGAUUAAAAUGAAAGUAAUAG